UCAUCAUGUCUUGAUUGUUGUCCAUGGCUGCACAUUUUCACUGCACUUCCUUCAGUAGCAAUAUGUUACCUUGGGAUCUGUCCCAUAGCUCAGGGAGUGGUCGCUACUAUAUGAUGUAGCACUGAUAGAGACAUGUAGCUAUUUAAUUUCCAUAUUUACAUAAUCUGAAAUUACAAGGUUAUAAAUUAAAAUGACCUUUGGGUGUCAACAUGCAUUUUAUACUUACAAUAAAGCUUGGUAUGUACUAUGGAGAUCUGUCUGGAUAGGUCAUCUAGCUCUUCUUUGCAGCAGGAUACCCUUUGCAACAGGAGUCAAGAUAAAGGGUCAAGGAAGACAUUUGUCGUGUUACUUGCAUCUGAUUUCAGAUGCAGUUUUCCCACUCCAAAAUCAGACUGACUACACACCCUUUGUCUCUGAGUUGGAAGAUUGGAGCUGGAGCAUACAUGUCACCCUGUUCCAUCAGUAUGUUAUGCACAGUUAUUACAUUUUAUCUACUCCACAUACAUCUUUUCUGAAGAUCCAAGAGGAUAUUCAUCCGUUAUCAGUGAACUUCCAAUGCCUGAUGGAUCAAGAAUGAUGUCAAUCUGGUUGCCCCUGCCCACUGUUGCAUUAGAAACAUAUGAAUAUAGUAUUUGCAAUACUGCGUCAUGUCAUAUUGGUACACUGUAAUGUCUUGACAUUUACAUGAUGCUUUCCAGGUGACAUUCCACCUUCUCCCACUGUACAUAACCCACUGAGCUUAUCAUGAAUGCUGAAUAUGUAGGGGAAACAUUGCUUACUGGCCCUGUGGUGAUUUAGCUUCUGUCCAAAAGCAUGAGAUUUGAUUAUCUGUAUCUCAGCUUGCACAACUACCACUGGUAUACUUGGUCAUCAGAUUCUCCAGCCCCUUUUCAAAUCUAGCUAUGCAGUUUAACUUUAUGAACUCUAUAACUCACAGGCAGGUUACAGCUUGUGUGAAGUGUUUUAUUUGCUUUUAAAUUGACAGCCAUGACCUAUCCCUAAGUGUAGGAAGAUUCUACAAUCUCAGGCUACUUCCUUCAAACAAUGAUAUAUUAUUGUUUGAAUAAUCCGGUACUGUAGCACUAACUUUUCACUUGCUCAUUUCAGCAGUAUUUAAUGUCUCCUGAAAUGCUUCUUGUUCGUGUCUGAACAUGGUUUGCAUUCCCUUAACUAACAGCAUGCUCUGAUUAAUAAAGACAAGCAGCACUGAUGAAGGCAUAAGAUAACUGGAAUUGGCCAUUACUCCUUAAUAACCACCUCUGCUGAAUAAUGACUGGCUUUUCCUGAGCCAUCAAUUCACCAAGCAGUCAAUAUCUGCUGGCAUCACCCCUCACUUGAAGAUGACUGUAUAAUCAUGGCUUAUUACUAAACUCUGAAACAGAAAACACAAUUACUUUCACUUGCACAGCUUGUGUGAUCCUCUUCUGAGGGGAAGAGAUAAAAAACACUGAAAAUAUUCUCAAAUAUGCCAAAGAAACAGGAUUUCAAUUGUCUGCAGAAGCCACCCAAUGUGUCCACUACAGCCAGCCACCUAUUGUAAUAUCCAUCCAUAUGCCUAAACCAGCCAUCUUAUUUUCUAAGCAGCAUAGAAGGGGAGGAGUAAUGCGGAUAAAAUGGAUACCCGGAUAAUCAGUGGCCUUACAGCUAUUGUAUUGAAGGUGAAUGUUCCAUUCCAUUUAAAUGAAGCCAUCCUGCUGUCAUUAUAAAUCUAAAAGGUUCAGCUUUGUGGAAGGAUUUAAUGGUAACCCUUCAGCAGUAAUCGGAUUAGAGGGGCUCAUAUAGCUGCAUGGUCUGAAGAACAGAUAAAAGAAACCAGAGUUCAAACUUGCCACAGAGGACAGGCAUUGAGCUGUGUGGUGCAGAAUCAACUCGCUGUUCUGAGGCUUUGGUUUUGGCUAUCAUAUACCCCAGAAAUGCCUGCAAAUUUCAAUGGUUACUGGAAGAUGCUUAGCAAUGACAAUUUUGAAGAGUAUCUGAAAGCACUGGAUGUAAACAUUGCUGUGAGAAAAAUUGCCAACUUACUAAAACCUGACAAAGAAAUCAUUCAGAAUGGAGAUCAUAUGAUCAUUAAAACGCUAAGCACUUUUAGAAACUACAUCAUGGAAUUUGAUGUAGGAAAAGAGUUUGAGGAGGAUUUAGCAGGGGUGGAUGAUCGCAAAUGCAUGACUAACGUGAGUUGGGAUGGAGAUAAACUUCUUUGCAUACAGAAAGGAGAAAAAGAAGGCCGUGGUUGGACCCAGUGGAUCGAAGGAGAUGAAAUGCAUCUGGAAAUCAGAGUAGGCGGUGUCAAAUGUAAACAAGUCUUUAAGAAGGUACAGUGAACCUAAUCUGCCCAUUGCUGAUACAGAGAUGAAGAAGAACAGAAUAGAAUGUAUGGACUUGCUACCAAAGCACCACCUGCUCUUAGUGCCCAAGUAUAUCCUUAACAUCUAGCGAGCAGACCCCCGUGAACAUCUGUGCACAUGAAAUUAGAACUGUGUAGUGCUGUCUUUGCAAAAAAGGAUUUUUUUAAAGAAAUCAUUCUAACUAAACACAAUCAUUUUUAGAAAUGCCAAUUAAAGAUACUGAAAAUCAUAAA